AUGGCUAUGAAUCAGAUUCCCGGUCAUAAUAUUUUCAUUGGAGGGGUUCUAUCACUCAAGAACAAGGCUGCCUUGACCAGAGCAAAUAUCACUCACCUGGUCUCCGUGCUACGCCUCCAGCAGGCAGAUAAAAUCCUCCAAGAUUAUCAGCGUUAUAACAUUGAGGUAGACGAUGUGGACGACGAAAAUCUUUUACAGCAUUUCCCCGCUGUCAUUAAGUUUAUCCAGAAUGGUUUAGAUACCGGGGGAAGCGUUUUGGUUCAUUGUGCUAUGGGGAAAUCUCGGUCUGCUACUGUCUGCAUAGCCUACUUACUCCACCGUCAGCCCAAGACGCAAACGCCCGAGUCAGCGCUGGCGCUGCUGAGGGAGGCGCGUCCCCUCUGCGAACCAAAUGAAGGGUUCAUGGAGCAGCUGAGGAUCUAUCAUGAGAUGGGCUGUCCUGGUGAUGAUGUCACCGGGCACCCACUGUACAAUCGAUGGCUGUACCGUCGUGAAGUUGAAGAAAGCGUUGCAUGUGGCCGUGCGCCGGAAAUGAGCUCGGUACUGUUUGAAGAUGAGCAGCCCCAUAAGCCGCAGGAUGUUGAUCGUACGACCGAAAUCAAAUGUCGUAAGUGUCGGCGCAUGCUGGCAACCACCCAGUUCAUCAUUCCACAUGAACAACAAAACAACUCGAAACCAAGCACAGAAUGUGCUCACGUUUUUUUACAUCCCCUGACAUGGAUGCGUCCCUGUCUCUUCCCAAACACAACACCUUCCUCCGACGCAGUGUACGGUUCGCAUCCUGAUGAUGCGCCAUUAUCUGGCCGCCUCACUUGCCCCAAUAGCGUCUGCGGCCAGAACAUCGGCAAGUUUGCCUGGCAGGGGAUGCAGUGCAGCUGUGGCAGCUGGAUUGUUCCGGCUAUUGGGCUCGCCAAGGCUCGAGUUGACGUUGUGAACCGCACUAACUUCGCCGCACGGUCACCGGCUGCUGCAUUGGGCAUUCGUUUGCCUCCUGGGAUGAGGCCAAAUGCAAAUGCGGUAGAUGAAACGGGGAGGGGGAAUCUCUAG